UUGUGUGCUUUUGAGAUGUCUCCCUCCGCCGUAUCUAUCGAAAUCAUGGAGAAACGGGAAAAUUGACCCCCGAGGUGUCCCGCUUUUUCUAGAUAACAAGCGCGCAUGGCGAAUAAACCCCCUUCGGGGCAAAUCACGAAAAGUGGAACGGAAAAAAAGAAGGGACAUGGGUGAAAAUCUGGCAGGAGGUCGGGAGAACGAGGGAAGAAGCAAAGGUGGUGGUGAGUCUGGUGACACAGAGCCAUUUCCGUUACCCACCUCCCACACUUGACGCCGUCUUCUCAGCCAUGUUCUUCUCCGUCUUGCCCCUGCUUGUCUCUCUCCCCCUCCCCAACAUGGCACAGGCUGAAUUAAGUAUAACCCUUCACACGUUUGGUCUCGCCUCUUGGGGUCUGCUCCCUCCAUUCACGUGGGGUUUGUCCAAUCCAGGCCUUCCCCACCCUCUUUCCCAACCAUCUGAAAUUCAGGUGAUUUCUGGAGCUGUUCAGCUGUACCUUCUUUUCUUCCCUUCUUGAAUUUUCCCGCACAGUCAGAAUUCAAUUCUGUUUCGUCUAAUUCUGUUGAUGAUCGAGUACUGGGAUUAUGGGGAAUGAUCUUCCAUCAAAUGUUUGGGGAAUGGAUUCUCUCAAUUGCGAAUCACAGCUUAUAGACUCUCUGUCCGUUUCAUGUUGAGCUGCUGAUGUUCUCGUUUUUGACCUGGCUGAUUUAUAUUAAGAUGUUGUGAUUUCUGGUGUCUGAAGAGGGAAUUAUCUGGGACAUUAGUUUUGAUACUUGGCGUCGUCUUCCUUUCCUUCCUGAAAUUGUGUGAUCGCUGAUAUUAUCAAUUGAACCCAAAAAGGAAUUCAGGACGUCGUUAUAAUUAUUUAAUAAAUGGUAAACCUGCCUUGAACUAGUCUUGAGAAAGCAUAUCAAUUAUGGGAGGUUCUCCUUUCUGGAGGAAUGAAUCGAUCUUGAUUCUGAAAUUCGAGGGACGGAUAGGUAAAGCAGGGUUAAGGAGCAGUAAAUUUUGUGUCACUGGCGAUUAGGAAUCAGUUGGUCCUGACUCUGAAUUCAAAACAUGGAUAAAUAAGGUCGGAGAAAAAAGGAAGAACUUUUCUUUAGCAGGCGGCUAGGACUUGAGGACUUUUUUUCAUGAUGAGUGAGAGAGCUGGUCCUUCAGGCAAUAUUUGGAUUCCUAAGCUAACUGAUACGGGCCACCCAGUCACUGUGGUUCCCGGAGGACGGAAGCCUGCGCAAGAUUUCUCUGUCAAAAAAGGCGAAGAAUUCUGUGCUGCACUUAUGAAGGAAUAUGGUUCAUUGAAAAAUACAACCACCAAGAUAGAGUUGCCUAGGAAGGUCAGCAGAUAUGUUCAGAAUAUUCCGCCUGCUUAUGAGGAACUCACAGGCAUUCUUGGUCUCAAGCGAAUUGAAUCUGGCUCAGACAUCUCUUCUAUUGCUGAUGAGAGAGGUCAUACCGUUGAGAAUGAAGGCUUUUGCUUAGCCACAUGCGCAAAUUACAAGGAGAAGGGGGAGGGGGCACCCAACAGUUUCACCAUCAAGCAUGAUUCAUACGGAACAAUUACAAAUUUACAGGAUGGAUGCCAGGCAAAUAUAGCAGGAACUUUGGGAAUUUCUCAUUCUGAAAAGCCAAAGUUCCUUUGCAGCUUUGGUGGAAGAAUUCUGCCACGGCCUAAUGAUGGCAAACUGAGGUAUGUUGGUGGUGACACACGAAUUAUCACUGUCAGAGUGGAUUUAUCCUGGAAGGAACUAAUUCAGAAAACUUUUGCAAUCUUUCCCCAGCCUCAUAUAAUUAAAUACCAACUUCCAGGUGAGGAUCUUGAUGCUCUUGUGUCUGUGUCAUCUGAUGAGGAUCUUCAGAAUAUGAUGGAAGAAUAUGGUGGGCUUGAAAACAUUGAUGGACCUCAAAAGCUUAGAUUAUUUCUAAUCUCUUCCAAUGAGUCUGAGAAUAGUUCUUUUGACAUGGGAGACCUGCAGAGUGACUCCGGGUACCAGUACAUUGUCGCUGUUAACAAUAUGGCAGAGCCAAGUCCUAGGAGAAUUAAUGUUGAUAGAACUUUUGAAAAUGCAGCAUAUCCUUCUGAUAACUCACCUAGGAAUGAUGCUGGGGAUGAUAUAGGAACUUCUACAAUUUAUGCAAAUUCACCUGCAUCAUUAUUUCCUAACAAUUACAACCAUGGUAACAAUGUCAUUGGUGUGUCUGGGAAGAUGUUGCAUGCUGGUUCUCUACUGGUACGUACUCCAUCCAAUGUGCCGAUAUUGCCUUCAUAUUCAUCCUUCUCUCAAGAUAAUGACGCUGAAAAUGCUCAGACAUAUAAUAAGCAAAAGUACUCUUUGUUCCCUGAUCAGCUGCACGAGAGUUCCUAUGCUGCAGAUUUCUUAGUCUCAGCACCCUCGUCUGCUUUAGGACAGUAUGUCCUUGAAAAACAACCAUUUGAUAAUGCCCAAAAUAGGCCCAGAGAUAUAAGUGCUCUGGAUGUGUGGGAUGGUGGCAAGAUGACACAAGAAUUUGAAGGACUGCUGCCUUCCAAGUUCACGGAAGAUGGAGGCAGAAUGAAUGUUGUGCAGGACAACAGGGGCACGUUUAUGGUAUUUGAUAAGGCAAUGUCUUCUAAGUUUGUGCAAGAGGGAGUAGAGUUGGCAUCAAACAGAGAGAAUUGUGAUUCAAAUGACUGGCCUUCAGAGGAGGGCCCGGCAUUAAGCGAUCAUCUGCUAAAUGGUCGAUUUUUGAGACUAUACCAACAAGAGCCUAUUGAUAGCCAAGACGGGGUUCAUGGGAUGCAAGGGCAUGUUUACCGGCCUGGGCAUGUUUUUCCUCCUUUAGUAUACACCCAGGGGUGUAUUGAUAACCAAGUUAAGGCUCUUGGAAUGCAAGGACAUGUACAUCUGCCCAUCCAGGAGUUACAUCCUCCUCUGUCAUAUGUUCAUAAAGAUGGUGACCUUGAAGGACCUUUCUGUCGACCACCACAGAAGGACCAGGCAUUUCAUUCUGAAAACUUCCAAAGGCAUCAGGAAGAAUUGCUUUAUCAGCAGACUAGGUUGAAUAAUUUACCUAGUACAAGUCAUGGAGUUCCACAUGCUUAUUCAGAUUCUGUUUCGCAAGAGCAUGGAAUAACGUCUUAUGGAUUGCAAAUCUCUACUCCGGAUCAAGCAGAAGCUAUACAUCCACUACAACAUUCUCACGUUCCACAGAGGAAAGGAUUCUAUGACACUAGCUUUCAGGAGUGCAGUUUUCAACAGUCCCUGAAAGCCACUACACUGAACAUGCCAAAUUCUUUCAAUAAUGAUAUUGAACUCUCUGGUGGGCCACACAACUUCGAGGAUGGACAAGAAACUAAUGAAAAAUGCUAUAAAGCUCCUUAUGUCUUAGGAAGCCAAUGUAUCAGAUCGGAAUGUGUCCUGGGCAAGCCGGCACCAAAUUUAACUAGUGCUAAAGUUUAUCCAUCUAAUGGUGAAGCUUAUCCUCAAAGCAUCAUAGAUAAGUUACUUUUGCCCAUAGCAUGUGAAGGUGAUGCUACGCCAUCCACCUCUCUCUAUAGUGUAGAACGUGGUGCUUUCCAUGCUUCAAAAUCCUCAGAACUUCUGAAUAGCUCUGCACUUCCUUCUGGUUGUAUUGCUUCAGGUUAUAGAACAGAAAACAAUUUCAAGGAUCUAUACCCAGAUAGAACUGGGAUGAUCAAAUUUGAAGUUCCCAGAUUUGUCCAUAGAACCUCAACGGACUCCCUUGAUGUUUCAGCUGAGCAACAAAUAGGUGAAUCGGAUGCAGAUAAUCACAUGGUCACUGCACUGCAGAUUCCCUCUCUUUUUGAUAACCCGGCAGAAGUGCCAGGAAAUAGUAAUAAACAGAAAGCAUCAUGCAAUAAUCACAAUGAUGAAGCCUUCACUGAUGAGCAAUUUGAAGGUGCUCAAAGCAACAUGGCUUCUGGUGUACGUAUGGAGUUACCACUUGAUGUACUGUGUGACAAAGAAGGCUGUGACAGAUCCAAUGUUUUGGCAUCGGUCAAUCACAGUCCUCUUGAGGUAAAUGGUGGAAACAGCUCAAGCCACAUCCAUCAGGACCAUAAACCAGGUCAGCCUUAUGUUCAGAAUCUUGUUAUAGAUGAGGUCUUCAAGAGACAAAUUUCCUUGGUAGACUCAAUCCAUGGGGCUCAUACACUUGAACCUUCAAACAUAGAACUGGACCCAGAAUCAAAUGAGAACUUAAAACAUGUGGAGCCUCGUAAUAAUGUGGUUCCACUUCCACGAGGCAUUGGACCAGAAGUAAUUAUUGAAGAUGUAACAGGUCGAACAUCCUUGGAUAUCAUCUCUUCCUCCACAUUUGUUCGUCCUGCAUACCAUGAAGUGGUAUCUGAUGUUCGAGAUGGGGGUGUCGGAUCACCAAAGGAGACAGAUAUAGAAAGUGUGACUGCUUGCUCAGAGUAUGAGGAAGGUAGUGCUGAUGACCACGAUAUGGAUGAUGCUGCAAUUGCUGAAAUGGAAGCUGGUAUCUAUGGCUUGCAGAUAAUAAGAAAUGCAGACCUUGAAGAACUAAGGGAGCUAGGAUCUGGCACAUUUGGGACUGUCUACCAUGGCAAAUGGCGGGGGACGGAUGUUGCCAUAAAGCGUAUAAAAAAGAGUUGCUUUGCUGGGAGAUCAUCUGAACAAGAGCGAUUGACAGAAGACUUCUGGAGGGAGGCAAGAAUCCUAUCAAAGCUUCACCAUCCAAACGUGGUUGCCUUUUAUGGUGUUGUACCUGAUGGCAUUGGAGGAACUUUGGCAACUGUUACAGAGUACAUGGUGAAUGGUUCCCUUAGGCAUGUUUUAUUGAGGAAAGACAGAGUGCUUGAUCUUCGGAGAAAGCUGAUAAUUGCAAUGGAUGCAGCCUUUGGCAUGGAAUACUUGCAUUCGAAGAACAUAGUUCAUUUUGAUCUGAAAUGUGAUAAUUUGCUGGUCAAUAUGAGGGAUGUUCAACGCCCUAUAUGCAAGGUCGGAGAUUUCGGACUAUCAAGAAUCAAAAGGAAUACUCUAAUUUCAGGUGGAGUAAGGGGGACACUUCCAUGGAUGGCACCAGAAUUACUGAAUGGCAGCAGUAGUGGAGUUUCAGAAAAAGUCGAUGUUUUCUCCUUUGGAAUUGCUCUUUGGGAAAUUUUAACUGGGGAGGAGCCCUACUCUGAUAUGCAUUGUGGUGCAAUCAUAGGGGGGAUUUUGAACAACACUCUUCGGCCUGCAGUUCCAGAUUGGUGUGAACCAGAAUGGAGAAAACUUAUGGAAGAAUGCUGGUCACCAGAGCCAGGAUCUCGUCCUUCAUUCAAAGAGAUAACAUGCCGUCUGCGAACAAUGGCAGCAGCUCUUCAGGGUAAAGGAUCCAAUGUUUAUAAUCCAGCAAAAUAAGAAGGCUGCAGCUUCCAGACUAAAGACACUUGAACAACCAACAGCCAUGGACAGGCUAGCUCAAGAAGGCAAGACUGCUAGGACAACUUUGGAAGAAUAUAUGCAUGUUCCACGUACUAUUCUUUCUUCCAGAAUUAAUAAUGAAGUCUUCAGAUUCAUUCGUUUUCUUUGUUAACAUUAAAUGUGUGAAUUGUCAUAUACAAAACACAACGCUUAAGUUCCUAUUAAAUUAAA